CACCACAAGUGGGCAUAAGUGCUGCGCCGACCUCACUUCACUUGUGUGUCUCGCCGAACGCUCAAAAGGUCACUUUCCUAUAUCAACCACAAGCCAUCUUACUUGACCUGUCUCUGUCUGUCCAUUUAUAAAAUUCUAUUCAUACCUUCAUUUUCAUUCUCACUCCCUCAAACAGUCAAAACUUUCAUCUUUGUCAUCCACUUAACCCAGGUGUAAAAAUGUCAGCAGUGAACAUGUCCACUAUGAGACUUCCAAGAGCUUCCUUGUCUGGAACAACACCAGCUAGGAGAUCAUGUGCUCUUACAAAGAGUCCAUCAUCUUUGAGGUCUGUGAAGAAUGUGUCUAAAGUGUUUGGAUUGAAAUCAUCUUCCUUUAGAGUGUCAGCAAUGGCGGUAUAUAAAGUGAAGCUGAUUGGACCGGACGGUGAAGAGAAUGAAUUUGAAGCCCCUGAUGACACUUACAUUCUGGAUUCGGCUGAAAAUGCUGGAGUGGAGCUACCUUACUCAUGCAGAGCUGGUGCCUGCUCUACUUGUGCUGGCCAAGUUGUUUCAGGCUCUGUGGAUCAGGCAGAUCAAUCCUUUCUUGAUGACCAUCAAAUUGAAAAGGGUUACCUUCUGACAUGUGUCUCAUACCCGAAAUCAGAUUGUGUGAUUCACACCCACAAGGAGGAAGAUCUCGUCUAAGUGGGGGUGUGUGUCUUUUGUUAGUUUCUCUAAGCUUGAAUAUUGUCACGGUAGCUAGACAUAUUGUGAAACUUUGUUGGUGUUGGUACAACUUUUUUGAACCGUUCUAAAUUUAUGUGACCUUUAAUAUGUAGCCAUUAGAUUGGUUCAAUCAAGAAUAAGGCUAUGUUUCCCCCAUAUUGUGUUCAAGCUUAAAACUUAUUUUGAAGUUCAAAAUAUAAGCUUUAAAAAUAAAGUACAAGGUGUUUGGUGAUUA